CGAGCUUACCCAGCACGAGUAACGGCACGAGAUCGUCAACGUCACACCCGUCGCAAAGUCCGACGCAUUUGACCGACGACUCGUCACUGCUGAGCAGUCCCGCGGACCUUCGGAGCGGCGGAUUGCCGCCCGUGGCAGUCGUUGAGCUUUUGCAGAGCCAACCACCGCCUGUGCUGGUGCCUACCGCCACCAGCGCAGCCGUUGCGAGAGCAGGAGGCGUUAGUGGAAUGAACACACCAGCAGGUGGUGCCCCCACAUCUGCGUCGGUGCAUGCAACCUCAUCGGCAUAUCCUCGGGGACAGGGUCUGCCCUUACUGCAGCAUAACCGACGCGCGAAUUAUGGAAAUGCGCGGGAGACGGAUCUUAACUUGAGAAGACAAGCGCGUCAACACGAGGACCAAACCAGCGCACGGGGCUCAGUGCAUCUCUCGACAUCGAGUAACAGUGAGGUAAGCAACAAUAGCAGCACGAAUUCCCCGGAGCAGCACUUUUUGGACGGCGGGCGGGAAUCGAUGCAGUCGGAUCAGCAAUUCGAUAUCGGAGAAGCCUUGGGAGAAGUAGAUCUCCAAGACGAGGAUUUGUUUGAGCAGCGGCCUUCCCAGAUUCAGCCGAGGAAGGAAAAUCCAAUCAUCAACGGCAUCGCAAACAACUUUCCGGCCUACGCGUCACCAGGAAUAUUGGGAGCUCUCAUCGCCUGUCGCUACACCGCGAAAAGCAUGUAAGGAUGCUUCAUGUGUCUUUCUAAUAGCUAUUUGUUGGCCCAGGUCCUGCCAUGACGAUCUUUUAACUCUCUUUUCCUUCUGAUUCUUUUGCUUUUCUGCACGAAAAAUUUCUUGCUUGCAAUGUUAAGACACAAUAAACAACUUUUUCAGUGUCGAAGCGGGCGUGAACGCCGCCGACCUGAGUCAAGCCGAACCGUCAAAGAUGCUUACCUUUGCGAGUGCGUCCAAGCAGUUCCUGGGGAGGGCGCCGUUUCAACUGCAAUCAGAGCAGGUGAUCUCGUCUGCAGGUGCAGGAGGAGCCGAAUCAAGCUCCGUAGUCGCGGGAGGACCUGCAGCAAGUGGUGUAACUCUUGCAAGCGGAGGUGCGUCGUCUUCUGUCGCAAGCGUCACAGGAGCUGCUGUCGAGUACCCGGGCAGCGGCGCCGAUAUUUCGUAUUUCACGGACAACCACCCGAACCCGGCCACGUCGCUGGACGAAGCGUACAGAGCGCUCGGAGCCGGGUACUGCGUUUCGCAAAACAAAAUGAAGACCUAGUACCAUGGCGGUGUAUGCAUGUAGUCGUGUCGCAUGUGCAUCAUACUGCCACCUGUGUUUCUGUGUCUCGUGUAGCUAUUUCUAUAUGUUCUAUUACUAGCGGCAGGGACACGACACCUAUUUCUAUACCAAUGGGCCUCACUUGAUGAGAUGGCAGAUGUAACUUCAUACUAAUCAAAUCUACCACAGCUCCACCGCCCGUCUUAACGCUCAACUCCGCAUGGAGAUGCUUCAGAGACCGCAUCAUUUAGCGCCGCAAAACACGACGCCGACAGCUGCAGCUGCGCACACGGGAGCGGGCCCGCCCGCGCCAGAUCUGUCGCCAAGCCACGAGCUGCACCACUUUGACGAGCAUGUGAUGGACGAGGCCGUGGGUGGCACGACUGCACCACCCCCAAGCACUUCUGCGCAUCAACCCCUCACCACCGCUCGUCCUCCACCGUUUGUGCCAACUGCGGCCUUGACAAACAACUACGGGAGCGCGACACUUGGUCAGGAGUAUGUGACCAACAGCGCGAACAAUGCUGAGUCGUCUGCGAACAACUUCGGCGUGGCGAAUCUGAACGCGCAACAAGUCCAUCACGUACUGAAUAACAUGCAGCAGGCGCAACAGACGGAGUUUGCCACCGCAAUGCGAGAAAUGGUCACCGCAAGGGAAUACGCUGACGCCACGGCGAACUUGGCAACUGGCGCGAAUGGAGGAGCCAUUUGUAUUUAAAAUAUAAUUAAAACGCCUGCUGCCUACUUACAACUUUUUGUACCCCUUCGGCCUGAUGAUUUAUCUGUUGGUUUACUUGAUGUCUCGUGUUCGAGUUUUUCUUUGGCUGUGCGUGAUGCAGCAGCACUCACACCCAGCCAAAGCAGCCUCCAGGAAAUAAAUCUUUGAACUUAUCAUGAGUCAUAAGUUAUGAUCACAGCCUUCCAAGACAUGCUGCGACAACCCGGCCUGGAUAUCCUUACGCGACAACCGGGCGGUAUGCAAGCCGUGUAUGAAGCCCAGCGAAAUGCUCCCUCAACGGCUUACUCCUACACGAACAACACGGGCAACAGUGCGGCUUCAGCCUCCGGGGCGUCGGCGCACCACAACUUCAACGCAGCAAUGAAUGCGGGCACCACACCAGGCACAGCAUCCGCGUCCCCGCCGCCCCCUCUGGCGUCGAUGGAAGCUUUGUCCCUGCAGAGCUACCAAAACGAAUCGCAGCGGCUGAACGACACUCUGCGGAACUACUACAACUCACAACUGGGAAGGAGCAACUGGGUAUCAAAAGGAAAAAUCCCCCCUCCCCACAUCGAAAAGGUAUGUUUCUGAAAAUUUGUGUUGCUGAUUUGAGGUCACAAAUCACGUCUGUCUUGCAAGAAGACAGGCGCAGAGGCUUCCGCGCCAUUAUGGAAGCGAUUUGGCAUGCUGUUGCGCCUAGGGGGCACCCGUUUGCAAUGCUAAGCAACUAGACCUAUACGCCCCUACCUAGGCCGAGGAUCUGGCUGCGAUGCCUUACUGCAAGACCAAUCCGAUUUGUGUACCCAAAUCCUGCAUCACAGAUUUCCAUUUCGAUAUGGGGAGGGGGGAUUUUUCCUUUUAAUACUGGGUCGGGCCGGAUGGCAGGGUGCACAGCUACUGGGAUUUGCGGCAUCCGUACCUGAAUGACCACAGUCUGCCGGUGCAAAACAACCCGCUACCAAUGCCUGACAUGGUGGGCGGGGAAGGAGGUAGAUGAAGACAGCAAGUUUCUUGUUCUUAGAACGCAUGCGCAGCACCAAGCAGUAUUUUUUGGGAUUGGGGCGCGACACCUUUCGGUGUUGUAUUAUCCUUUCCGGUUUGGGUAUGUUCACAUAGUAUUUUUAGGUUCAGAACAUGCGUUUUGCGCGCUUUCUCUGAUCGGGCCGUCCUACGCCCCACCGCCACAUCUUCUUCCCUACGAUUCUAUGUCCUGUUUCCGCCCCUGUCCGACACCAGCGUCGAUAGGGUUUUGAGGGUCUUAGGGUUUAGGAUAUUUGAUCUUAGAACGCAUGCGCAGCUCAACAAUCAGACAUGAAUAUGAACAAAUUAACUGCCUCUGACGCAGCGGAGUAGGAGUCUUUUAUGCAUUAGACGGAAAUUCAGCACAACAUUUUCAAUCAAGGUCCUCCCAUCCCGCCUCCUCCGGGUCUGGACAACAGCGGCAACGCGCCGAAUCCAUUGGUAAACGACCAUUACUCUGCUUCAGACGACCAGCCCCCACCACCCCCACCACCAGAACCCCCCGCGGCUGGUGCAGCAGCAGUGGGCGCCGCCGGAGACAAGUUGCCCCUGCAGAGCACAGCGGGCCUCGACAACUCCAACCCCGGUCCGGAUGGCGGAUCCCUAGGCGCAGCGGGCUUGUUGCAAGCGGUGCCCUGGCAGGGCGCGGCGCACGGAGCCGAAGUCGCGUUGUGUGUCGCGACUGUGAUUGAGGCUUUCGGAUACUUGCUGGAGCAUGGGGUAUUGCUAUCAUGUCAGGAAGGAUGUAGCUGCUCAUUUUGUUGUUGUAGUAACGCUAGCGCCAGCGGCGAAAAUUUAUAGUACAACAGGAAAGUGUGUUUACUAAUAGUUUCCGUAACGUCCAACAUCAGGACUCCAACGUCGCCCUGGAACGGCUGCAGCAACGAUGCAAAUACGCGAUGUCUCGGGGCGCGGCAGUCGGCGCUCUGUACCAAGCCUGCGGUCAAUUUGCCUGUCCGCUCGCCACGGUAACGGGCAUAGUUGCCGCGGGAGAGGCGAUAGCCGGCUACAAAAACGCACAGUACGACCGAUCCGCGCACGCAGCGGUGAGAGGGGGCGCGACUUUUGCGGCUAGUUCAGCAGCGAUCACCGGAG